AUGACGAAUUGUGUGAAUUUAAUAACGCGCCACGGCUCAUUACGGGCGUGGAUCGUGAAUCUGGUGCUGGGAUGUUUGCUUGCCGGUGGCCAUUACACCGUCUGCGCCGUUACCGUGGACAUAUUCCCUCUGCCACCCUCGACGGAGUCGCUGAUAGCGCGCCAUCAGUACCUCCAGGGGUCGUUGGGAGCAGCGACGAUGAAAAACCACAUCAAGCGCAUCCUGAACAUCAACGACGAAAACAGCACACUGGACAGCUACCUGUUGUCGCUGUUCAACACGGAAAACCUCAACCCAACGUACGUCUUUCUGCUGCCGAUGGAAGGAAAGAACCACGUGCGCAAGCUGAUCUACCAGCGCAGCGACUUUGAGGAGGCCGAGUUCCCGAACAUCACCACCGUGAAUAAGUUCACGGGCAAGUCAAAUAGGACCACCGCCGUGAGCAAACCGGGCGUUGACAUGCUGCUGGAGAAGAAGAUAUUCGAGCACAUCGAAAAGGACACCAUGGACGAUGGCACGCGAAAGGUGAUCGAGGAAAACGUGCGGACUGAGCGGAACUUUAUCAAGUUUAUGGACGAACUGAACCGUGAUCUGGAGGAGGAACAAAACCGCCGGAUGUUGAAGGAAAGCAUGCGUAAAUCCGCAACGAGAACGACCACCACGCUGUUCACGCCGUACACGUACCGGAACACGCAAACCGUCGGUUGGGAUGAUCUCGGGCUUGCGGGAUGGGCCGGUGGAUUGCGCGAGAUCCACGGCCACAGGUUCGAUCAUCCGGUGCUCGAGAAACCGAAAACGACCACGCAAGCUCCAACCAUGCUGCAGGCGAGCUUCAACGCAGUUCCGCAGGCACCGAUUCGACCAACCUCCACACUCGGAACACCCGGACAGACGAUGACCAACCAUUCCAUAGCGAGUGCGGCAGCUCGCUACAAACAGACCGGUGUCCUGCUGAGCGAGGAUGUCGGCGUUAAGCUGCAGGAGAUCUACAAACGCACCAACGGUAGUAACGCACGAGUCAAGUGGCCCAUCACCAACAGCCGCGAUGCGCAUCGGGACGAGGAUGUGUUUAUCGCACGGGCUAACAAUCCUUUCGGCCAUUCGACCAAGUGGCGCUGGAGUAACGAAACAGAACAAGAGGAUCCCUUGCGAGUGGAGAUGCAAUCAUCACGAGAUGGACGUACGAAACGAGGCGUGUACAAUCUCUACUCCAUGAUCAAGUGUGCCACCGGUUGUGAUCCCAUCAUUUACAAAGGCUACGGAUGUUACUGUGGAUUUUUAGGAUCCGGUCAAGCACUGGACGGUAUUGAUCGAUGUUGCAAGAUGCACGAUUACUGCUACAGUACAGCUAACUGUCCGAUGUUUUUGGAAUACUUUGUGCCUUAUCUCUGGAAGUGCUACCGUGGACGUCCGUUGUGCGCAAUUGAUCACGGUGAGUGGGGUGGUCCUGGUUCAUGUGCUUCCCGCCUGUGCCAUUGCGAUCUAUCGUUGUCGAAAUGUCUUCGGAGGUACUAUUGUCCCAGAAAGCGAAACGUAUGCACUAGCUCUCCGUUGCGACUGCUGCAGAACCUUGUGAUGGUAUUCUAG